CAAGACCAAAGAAAUGACCGAUGCAGUUACAAAUAUAAUGACAUGGUUUAUGGAUGAGGUAACAGAUAUCCUCUAUCCAGCCAUAAUGGAAUAUGAAGAGAGAAAAAUAACCGAGAGAGAUAUGAGAGACAAGGAAGCCAGUGCCAAAAAGUGUGUCUGCACAGGCAGAAAGAUAACACCUGGCAGCUCACCAGGAUGUGGGAAGAAAGGGAGUAGAGGAAAAUUAACCUCACUUUUUUCACAACACUCACCUGGCUUGUCUCCAGGUCUUGGCAGAGAGGUUUGGGAAGACAAUCUUCCUGAGCCUGAACCGGCAGCAGUGCCUCCUCGUCUGGCUAAUCAUCUCUCCCGUUUGCGCAGGGAGAGUGUGUGCAGCGCUGCUCAGCUUGAGCAUCCCAGGCAGACUUUCCAAGCUGAGCGAUUUCCCCGUGGCCAAAGGUACUUUCAAUACAACCUGACACAAAAAGAUGGCCAAUUAGAAACCCAUCUCAUUAAGGAAGAUAUUUCCUCUGAUGUCGCACAAGAUCGCCCUAAAACAGGCAUGCUUAGAAAGUUAUUCUCACCGAUCAAUGCCCAGGAACAAGCACUCGGUUCCGGGGAACAGGUCCAAAGGGAAGGGCAAAUGCCGCGACAGGUUCAGGUUCCUGAGCUUGCAAACCCCCACUCAGGGGGCAUCAGCAAGGUGUGUUACCAUGCAAGAGCUCUGGGGCUCAAACCUUCUCCAUCCCCCCAGGAUAUACUCAACAAGCCAAGGACAGUCCGAUCCAGCAUGACCCUACCCCAGCUCGGCAAACAGCUUCCGAGAAAGCCCUGCUUGUCAUCACGCAGGAAAAUAUUCCCUGAAGAGGAAGCACCACUGCCAAGAUACAGCAUUAAGCCUCAGCACUGGCACUCACCUGCUGGUAUCUGUGCCGAUGCCUUUUUCCACAAAACAUAUGAUGACCUCAUGAACAAACGUGUUCCUUCCCAAAACUUCCUUGCUCAGGACAGUGUUAUCCUUGGAAGCGAUCCUUCACGUUUCAGUACAGAGCUGGUUGAUUCAGUGUUAAGUAAGCUGUCCGGAUGUCAGGCCACAGCCCGGCAGCCUUUAGAGGAUCAGAGUCUCUUCCCUGACAUAGAUACCUUGACGGCCCAAAUUAUUCACUCCAGUUUGUCUGACCUUCGGCAUGAAAGUGCUCCUAAAAUCACAGCUGUUGAAAACAGGAAAAGCAAUAGGAGUGUGUCAGCAGAGGGGUUAAGUGUUUUGCAAAGGAGAGAAAUUACUGAUCACCAACGCUUAGCAAAAGCAUCCCCUCCAGCUCAGUACAAACCUCUAGAUCCUGGGAAAAUGGAUGAGAAGCUUUUUGAGGAUGCUACCAAAAGCACCUCCCAAUGCCAAAGUCCCACACCAUCUACUCCGGAGGUCUGGCUCAGAUAUUUGAAAGAUAUAAUCAGCAGGCUUUUCUCUGAUAUUCUCCCUGCCGCUCCCAGCACAUCUUCCAUGAAAGAAAAGAAAACAGAGCUUGCAGGAUUUGACUUGCUUCCUCUGAAGGUAAUCAGACAAGUGAUGGCAAAAAUCUCUGAAGACGACGACUCUUGUAGCCAGCACACUGACCAUCUGCAUGCCAAAGAGGAUGCUAUGAUUCAAACCACUGCUGAUUCGGUUUACAACAAGCUUUUAUCACAGUUUCAUUCUCAAGUCAGCAUGCAGAACUGCUUAAGAAAUGGGUGCCUGGUUCUUUCGGAAGCUCUUUGUGACUUGGUCUUCCAAGAGGUUUCCGGGAGUCCACUGCAGAGCUCUCUUUCUGGGGAAUCAUCACUUAGCCACCGUGCCGAAGCAGACAAUUUUGUUGGAAAUACACCCAGAGAUGUUUCUGAGCCUCUGGAGAACUCAAACACCGUACCAUCAGACCUGAGUAAAAUAGUUCCUCUUAUCAUCAAAAAACAAGCAGGAAAUCUGUCCAUGUUUUCAUCCCUCUUUCCCAUUGCGGAGAUGGAUGCAGAAAAGACUUCAUUGCUGAAGGAUGCAACUGCUGGCAGAAGCUCACAGCACCAGCGACAUUUAUCAAGGGCCGAAGUGAGCACACUUGCUGAGAACCUGAACCAGGCUGUGGAAGAAGGCCUGUCCAGACAUCAAAUCAGCCUUGUGCCGGCUACAGGGGAAGAGCCACCGCGAUGUCCAGAGCAGGAAGGAGCACUUAUUCCUGGAGAUCGAAAGUACUACCUGAUUAUACCACAACAAUCUGGAUCUGAGCAAGACCUGUACAAGGACGUAACAGGUUUUGAUGCACAUCUUCCACAAGACGUGGUUACCGUCAUAAUUGAGGAAAUCUCCAAUCGCCCCCUUUUACAGGUGGCGAGCGACCGACUGAGCCAAAGCACGACAGACCCAGACAGGCUUGCUGACAAGGCUCUUUCCCAUGAGUCUAUUAGUGCAGAGUCUAAGUCAUGGCGUGAUGAAGAGGCAGUCCCGGGAACAAGUGCAGACAAGACCCCAACAGGGACAGAGGAGUUAGCCACACUGAGAGCUCUUCUGCCCAAGGUGGACCUCCUUGCACAACUGGCAGCUCACUACACUGAAGAUGAGGAGGGAGAGGAGAGGGUGGAAGAUGACCUUGAAUCAGAGCAGCAGUGGAAGGAGGAAGAAGAGCUGCAGCAGAUCAAGGAGACCACUCCAGUCAAAUCCUCUGUGCAUUUGUGGAGCCCGUUGGGUUCAUUUACGGACACUGAACCAUCAAGUGUGGCUGUUGGAGGACUAUCAGGAUCACUAGAAGCACAGACAUCGCUUGAAUGGAUGUCUGUGGACACGUGGCUGGCCUGGGACAGAGAAGACUCAUUAGACACGGCUGUGUUCAAGACGCCAUCUGAAGAUGCUGGACCUGCCGUACCAGAUGACAUGGGGGUCAACACAGGUAUGCAUGGGGAAGCGACACUGCCUAAGUUAGGUGAUGCGCUCAAGGUCACGCAGGAAGUCUGUAGCGAGGCCAGGGAGUGAUUCAAGGCCUCCUAAAUCUGCAUUCAUUGACCUCCCAGAGACCAUCAUUGCUGACCUAUCUCCCAUCUCCCAUGCAGCACUUCAGGAAAGAGAUAGUUAGCACCUGACCUUCAAGCUUGAAAGUCUGCAGAGCUUGGAUCCAGUCACACUGGUGAUCAGUGCCCCAUCCUAACACACACCUUCCUAGCACACACGGCUUGUUCACUCUGUUUGUAGACGCCUUUGUGGCUAAGCGCCAGGGCUGAGUGAUUACCGAAGCGGGUUGGAAAUCCCAAGCUAUUUCCCAGUACAAAAUCAAAUCCUGUCCACAGGAGAGGCUUGUUUCUUGAGGAAGGGCAUUGGACUGAAUGACCUUUGCGGACACCCUUGCUUUAUUCUUCUAUAUUAAUUGACUGCUCUCUUUUCUCUAUAGCAGCUGGUGCCAAUGGGCCAAAAAAACAGUCUUCCUUGUUUAACAACAUACCAAAUGCUUUGGCCAGAGUCCGCUCGCUCAUGUCACGUUGCCUACCGCACCCCAGGAAAUUUCGGAAAAUUGCACCUGAGAUUAUUCCGCAAUGUUAAAUUUGUUUUAGGAAAAAUAUAGAGUUAGAAAAACUGGGGUCUGGUGGAGGCUGCUAAUUGUAGUUUGAGAGUGUUUGCAACUUUAUUCUUGUGUAGUCAGGAAUCUCCUUUCGGGAUGCGUUAUUCCGGAGUUAAGGUGU